AUGGCCAGGCUUGCCGUGCUCAACGCCACGGCGCGCGACAUGGCCGCGCUGGAGCGCGCGGUCGCCGAGAUGGAAGGCGUGGCGGACGCCGAGAGAUUCUCGCUCGCCGACGAGAUGUUCCACUUGCGGCUGGCGGAGGCCACCCACAAUCCCCUGAUCGUCGAAAUCUAUCACCGCAUCAACCACGUCCGCGCCCACCAGCAGUGGGACUCGAUCAAGGACAAGAUCCUCACGCCCGUGCAGAUUCUCCGCCUAUAA